AUGAGCAAAAUAAUAUAAAAAAAAUUAAUAUGUUCUAACUGUUCAAAAUUUAAUAAUUCAGAUCCUAUUAACAAAAUCUUCAUUAAGAAUUAGAAGAACAUAUUGAAAUUCCAGUUAAAUUGUACCAAUAUAUUGAUAGUUUAUACUUUAAGUUAAAUUAUUGAUUAUUUAUUAUUUUAAUAAUAAUAAUAAAUUAAUAUUGUCAAAAAAUAUAUCACCUCAAAAAUAAAAAGAAAUAAAAAUUUUGCUGUUAAUUAUGUCAUAAAAUUCACAGAGAACAUUCUGAAAGUAUAUUUCAAAUUGAUUGGGUUCGAAGUUAGAUGGCUUUAGGUGGAAAAAAUUAUAAAGAAAUAUAGUUUAAUUUAUAAGAAUUUGAUUAAGUUAUAAAUACUGAAAGCAGGACUGCGUUUUCAAUAAUUUUUAAGAAUUUUAGAUUUGAAACAUGGAUAUAUAAAUUGGUUAAUUCAGAGAAUUAGGAUUGGUUUCGGAUACUUUAUUACCAUAAUUGAGUGA